GUUCUAAGCCACAGAGAACCAAAGGCGAAGGAGAAGGAGAAGAAGGAGGAGGAGAAGGAGGAGAGAAGAGCGAGGGAGGAAGAGAUGAUGUCGAAGAAGAAGGCUUCUAUGACCAUGACGCUUAAGGAUUUCCAUGGCGGUUCCAUCCCUUCCCAACUCGUCCUCCCCUCCGCGCCAGGAAGCAACAUCAACAACGCCUCUGCCAGACCGAACGAUCGACCUGGCGCUUGGGGCAUCGGUUCACCCUCCGGCGCUGGCAGGUCCGACCUUCAAAGUCACCACUUUCUCCGGCCCCGUCCUGGAUCCGCGGGCGCCGGUUCCGCCUCUGCACGAACCCUCGACGAACGGCCCGCUGUUUUCCUCUCACACCCGACCCACAUCGGCAGGCACUUUGAUGAGGAUGAAAGGAAGCCAUUCGACGCCUCCUCCGCUCCCCGCCGCGCCGCCGCUCCAGAUGAUACCCUCCGAUCCCCUGCCUCGUUCAGAUCUGAGACCAAGCACCCCAUCUUGAGCCCGAUAGUUCCCUCCCCCGUUGUCGCCUCCGUUCCUGCCCCUGGCCCUGUUUCUCGCUCUCCUCCUCCCCCCAGCAACGUGGGAUCUGCGUGGGGUCCGAGGAAGGAAGUCGGGAGUGAUCCGCCGCCUUCUUUGCCGACUCAGCCUGUAUUGUCGGCAUCGAGGCUCGCACAGGCGAGCGCGGUUGAGAAGGUAUCAUCGGGCAGAUGGCACUUAAAGUCCCCAGAGGUGGAGACCAUUAGACCCCAUGACAGAGAAGAAUUGGAAAGAAGAUUCGGUGAGACAGUGCGAACCGAGGAUGGCAUCGAUCGCGAUCGAGAGAGGGAGAAUCCAAAAUCAGCUUCAUCGGCCGUGACCUAUGCAGAAGUCAAGGAGAGGACUUUACCAGGUUCUUAUUCGGUUAGGGUACAGAAUCAGCAUCGGGCAAAAUCUCCAAUGUACCCUGAGGUGAACGAGAAACAAACUACAGGUUACUUGAUUGAAGGUGUUCGACCAGCUUCCAGUGAUGGGAUGUUCACUGGGUCAAAAGUACAUGAGGAGGAGGUGCUAGAGCGUCCAAAGUUAAAGCUCCUCCCACGAAGAAAGCCACUGGAAUCUUUGGAUAUUCAAAUUAGGGAUUUUAAUGACAAGCAGGCAUAUCAGGUAUCCAUGAACUCGGUGCAAGUUCAGAAUAUCCAUGAAAUGCAUGGCAAUUCGAAUGUGCCAAAACCAGGGCUGGCAGGAGCAGAUGAAGGAAAUCGAGCAAUUGAACGCCCUAGAUUGAAUUUGAUGCCUCGUUCACAUCCUAUUGAGCAGACUGAAGGCAAUGGUAACAAGGAGAGGAAAAAUGUUUUUGGCGGAGCACGACCACGAGAACUUGUUUUGAAGGAGCGUGGCAUAGAUAUUGCAGCUAAUGAGGUCGACAUGAUCAGAUCACCCAACAGGGCCAGGAAUGACCUUCCUAAAAGUGAUUCCAAGACGGAGACCAAUUCAUCGAUCCAACUCGGAGAAAGAGUUGAUAGGCUGUCAGUUGGGCAGAGGACUGUAAAGGAUCUGGACAACAGAGGCUAUCACCCAGAUAAUGAGAGAGUAGAUGUGCAAAACUCUUCAUGGAGAAAUGAUAACAGGAAGAAUACUAGAGACAUUGACAGAUCACUGGCACAACCUCGUGCUGAUGUUGACAAUUGGCGUAAGCCUGUUGAGGAUCCAAAGCCUGAAGUUCCAGCACCUCGAUUCAGCAAAGGUGCCACUGCAUUGGAGCUUGCUCAAGCAUUCUCAAGGUCCGUUUCUGAUGCUAGGCCAGAAAACAAGAUUAGUACCCAGAGGAACAUUUCCGGUCAGAAUCAACUUCCUUUUUCCCGUCUUGCUGGUAGCAAGGAGCUCUACUCAGGAACCACACAUCGACAGAUUAACGGCUACUGAUCUAUUGUUCGGGGCAAACUAGCAAAUGAAUAGUUACUUCCAUUGAAACAGGUUUGAUCCAAUCGACCGUUGUCUCCAUCAGCGUCCAGUUCUAUUUACCUCUUUCUAUAUUUACAGCGAUCAGAUGGUGGCAUGAUGCAGUAUGAUGUAUUCCCCUAGCAAACGUUAUUUAAAAACUUGAUCCGAAAUGAAGUGAUGAGUAAAGAAGUCAUGAUGCUGGAAAUUGUUUUA